GUUUCAGUUACAAUGACGGAUAUGGAAAGUCAAUUCGAAAUUAUCCGAACCGAAAUCACUCUCGGAAAUCUCACGGGAUCCCUGCACACAUUGCACCAAAACGUGAAGCUACAGAUCUUCAGUGACGAUCUCUGUCAGGCUUUUGACUCGUUCCUGAUUUUCUUCCACAGAAGCGUAUCGAGUUAUAUGGACAAAUUAAAGUCACAAACUAACGACGAUGACGACGACGUUGCUGAUAGACUUUCGGCAGCGGAAGCUCACGUUUCGCUUCAUUUGGGCAGAUUUGUGGCCGAGAUUCCAACAUUCGCCGACGGAUGCGAUGUGUCUGGAUUUUGGCACAGUCUACUGGUCAAAUUGAUUAAUGAGAUGUUUGGAUUCUCUCACAAGACUUUUGAUCCAGCAGCAAAAGUCAAAAACAAGAAUGCAAUCAGUGCACUGUUUGAGGAAUUUUUGGCAGCUGAAAAACCAGAUAGAUCCACUGCGUACGAAUAUAUCUGCGUUAUGUACAUCAAAUACCUUCAACAAAUGAAUCUGCAUGCGGAGUUGGAGUUGUUCGCAGCAGAGAAAAUUGCUCACCCCCACGAGUACCAACAAGAAGGCAGUUCUUAUUGGAAAGAAGAAUGUCUUGCACUUCUGAAGGCUGCGGAUAAGUGCACAAAUAACCGUCUGAGAAACAACUUGCUCACAAUCGGAAAACGUCUCUUCAACAACACUACUGCCAACAUCUCCAAGCAAACUGAGGCGUUCUUUGCUAUCCUCACUUACAUCGAUCUCUGUGACAAUCCAGUCACCGCGGAAGUCUGGACCGGUUUGAGAAAAAUUUGCAAAAGAGUCAUUGAGCAUGGAAAUGAGGUGUUGUUCUUUGCAAACAACGAGAACUUUGACGAGAACUUGAAGAGUGCUCUGAAAGUUUUUGGUGAGGUUGAGUUGACACUCAAUAGACGAAUUGGAAUGAUCCAAAAAUUGGAGAGAAGCGAUCCACAAGAUGGACAUCAAAUGGACUCUGCAUUUUUCAUUGAUUAUGGAUAUUAUUAUGUGAUGAGAGCCUCCAUUUUCCAGAGCGCUAAAUUCAUUGUUGGUGAGCAAGAAGCCAAAGAGCAAACAGCGUUGGACAUCAAGCAGGCGUCGGACUAUUCUUAUCACUAUACAAAUGUUCAAAUCGCUAUCAAUGACGUUCUUGAAUUGAUUACUUCAAAUUUUGAAAAUUUGAGUGAAACAAGCUUGGUUGAAAUGGGAAUCUAUCAGUAUCUGGAGUCGAUUAUUGACGCAUGCUUUGACAAUAGAAGAACAAAGGACCAGCAAACUAUUUUCGACAAGGCUAACCAGCUUCUGAGCAAAACUAGUGAGAUGUUGGGAAAGCACAGUAACUCAUCCGAGCCUGUAACAAGUGCAAUGGACGCUUCAGGACCCUCUCCUGACGAACAUCUUGCAGACGAUAACAUGGAUGACUAGUUGAUAGAAAGCCAAUGCAUUCGUUCGACAUCACCAUUUGAUUCACCAGUUUUCACAUUUUUUUGUUAUAGAUUUCCAACUAUGAGUCGUUUUGUUAAAAGGAGCAUUUACAAUAAUGUUUCCUUUUCAUGUUUUUGUGCAUGCAUUCCUGAAUACUCUUUUUUAUUGAUUCCCUUGGUAUUUCUGCAUCUCAUCCGUUACUUUUUGAAACAAUACCUGUUUUCAAAGUUUUACCCUCCCUCAAUCACACCUGUUUUGAAGUUCUUUCAUAACUUUUGUGCGCCAACAUUUCAUGGAUGUUUUUUUAUGUUACUUUCAUCUCGAGAAUGUUUUUUCUCCAUUUCAAGAAUCUCGGUCUCACUUCUUCCCACCCGUUUUUCAUUUAGAAAUAAAUUUUAAAUUUCUCCAGUUUGCUUCUAAAUAUUUAAUUGUUU